CCGUUACCGCUAACCGCUCCUCUGCUGCGCUUUAGUCUCAGACACAUCUUUUGUUUGAUCAUCGAGUUUGUACCUUCUCACGGGCGUUAAGGCGUUUACGUUCACAUUCUUUGGAAAUUAAACUUAUCAUCGGUGGCAUAUUUCGGUGUCGGGCGGUAAUGGCUCGUGGCAGCUUCGUUGGGAGCUUCGUGACCGCUCAUAAAGAUGCCUUUGUAACCUAACCCUCAGGCCUCGCCUCCAUCAUGGUCCUUUCCAUCGUUGCAUAAAAAGCCAUCAGUGUGUCAAAAAUGGAGGUCUCCCAGGUGACUCUGACUGUCGGCGGAGAAACGUGUCCAGGGGAAGUGAUUGCCGUGGUCGGGAGUUGUGAAUCCCUUGGCAACUGGAGCUACCAAAAAGCGGUGGUCUUGAACACCCUGAGCGGAGAGGGGAAUACAUGGACGACAACGGUCACCGUUCCCAGAGGAGUCGAGGUCAAGUACCGCUUCUUCAAGGGCUUCUUUCUGGACCCAAAAAGCGCGGGCGAGCCUUGUCAGGUGAUAGUCAAUGUGUGGGAGAGCCAUCUUCAGCCCCGCACCAUGAGCCCCACAGCAUCCCACCUGAGUGUCAACAACGGACAGUUUGGAUUUCACAAUGGUUUCAAUUCCACCGACAUCGGCUGGCUCACAUGCCAGACGGAGAUCCGCUUACGUCUGCACUACUCCAAGGUGCCUCCGGUGUCAAUCACUAAGAAGAAAUUCAAGAAGUCGCGCUUCAGAAUCAAACUGACGCUGGAGGGCGUUGAGGAGGAGGACGAUGAGGAGGAAGGGGAAAGCAGUCCUUCGUCCCCCCACAAGGUGCCCACCACCCUGGAGAUCAGCGUGAUCAGCUCCAAAUGCUACAAGUCGCGCCACUCGCAGCCCGAGUGCGGCUACGCCCUGGACCCUUCGCAGUGGACCGAGUACAGCAUCCACAGCAUGGACCCCGACAACCUGGAGCUCACUUUUGAGUUCUUUGAGGAGGAUCUGAGCGAGCGCGUGGUCCAGGGCGACCCUCAACCGGGGCACAUGGGCACCGCCUGCCUCCUCUCCUCCACCUUCUCGGAGAGCGGCCGGGACCACGGCCUGGUCACGCUGCCCAUCAUGGGGCGCAACUCCAGGCAGACCAUCGGCAAAGUGCGAGUGGACUACCUGGUGAUCAGGCCCAUCUCAGGGCUGCAAUGCGACAUGAGAGCCACCUUCACAAAGUACUGGAAGAAAGGAAAGUCCUUGAACGUGGGCCACCGGGGAGCCGGCAGCACGCACGCCGCCAAGCAUCACAGAGUGCGAGAGAACACCAUCGCUUCGUUUCGGAGCGCCGCCAAUCACGGGGCCGCCUACGUGGAGUUUGACGUCCACCUCUCCAAGGACACGGUGCCCAUCGUGUACCAUGACCUCACGUGCUGCAUCGCCACCAAAAAGAAGAAAAAUGACCAGACUGUAGAGCUAAUCGAAGUCCCUGUGAAGGAUCUGACUUUUGAUCAGCUGCAACUUCUGAAGCUGGCUCACGUCACCGCCAUGAAGGGAAGCGACCUCAAAGACGUGAUGGAGGAUGACGAGGAAAUUGACGAGCAUCAGCCCUUCCCGUCGCUUUCGCAGCUCUUCCAGGCUGUCCCAGAAAACGUGGGCUUUAACAUCGAACUCAAAUGGAUCUCUCAGAUGAAGGACGGGUCAUGGGAAGGCAACAUGUCCACCUACUUCAACAUGAACAAGUUCUUAGACAUCAUUUUGUCCUGCAUUCUGCGGGAAGGAGGCGAGCGACGUAUCGUCUUCUCUUGCUUCGACCCCGAUAUCUGCUCCAUGGUGCGCCGCAAGCAGAACAAGUACCCCAUCCUUUUCUUGACGCAGGGCGUCUCUGAAAAGUAUCCUGAGCUGAUGGACAUCCGCUGCCAGAACACCGAGAUCGCCAUGAGCUUCGCUCAAAGCGAGGAUAUCCUAGGCAUCAGCGCUCACACCGAGGAGCUGCUGAUCAACGUGAACCUCAUCAGGGAGGCGCAGGUCAAAGGCCUGGUGGUGUUCAGCUGGGGCGACGAAAACAACGAGCACGAGAACAGGAGGAAGCUGAGGGAGCAGGGCAUCGAUGGACUCAUCUAUGACAGAAUCUGCGAGGACCAAGCGGAACAGCCCAACUUCUUCCAGGUGGAGGAGCAACACUCCCUAAGGGAGGUCAUCACUGAGGAAACAAUGAAGAGUCCCGCCUGCUCCUGCUUCUCCAUACCGUGCUCUACGGCGCCAUGCUCCGUCGGCAAGGAACAGUCCUGCAGCGGCAGCGCCGAAUCUGACUCGGGCCUCAGCUCUUCAUAGUCCCAUCCAGUUCUCACAAAAGGGAUUUUGUGUUUUGAGCUUGAACUCUUCUCGCACCUCCAGUUUAUGUGCACAAAAUGGCCACUGCACAUUUUGAUUGUAGCGAUAACUAGCAUCUUCAUCCGGAGUUCAAGCAUGGAUAUAAUACAACGCGAAAAGUAUGUGCCAUUAUUUUACAUUUAUUGAGUUUUUUGUGGGGGUGUCAAAUGAGCAGAUUGUGUAGAUGGCCUUUUCAUGAAUCACAGUAAUGGAAGUGAUCAUUAUGUGGCACUUGAAGUGUAAAUAUGCAAUACGUCACCUUUUAAACUUGAUGCUCGUUGACUUUGUGGUGCUCAUUGGUUCCACUCCUUUUUGUUUUGAUAUUUUUUUGGUUUGAAUUGGGUCAUGUCAACAAUCACUCUUAGUGAUAAAUGGGAAGUCUUAUGGAUGGGGAGGGAGGUUUGCCUUGUUACAUUGUUGUGCAUUUCCCACAGAACAGUACUUCAUAACACAAAUAUUUGAUUGCAUGAUAUGUGGUGUAUCUCACGCGACAAAGACGUUUGCAUCACACAAAACCGAGUUGUUGCAACAGAAUGUAAAGCAAGCGUGGUAAUCCUUGAGGUAAAUAAAGGAUCAAAAUGAA